AAAAGUUAAGUUUGUCAAUCAAAGUUAUUGGUAUUCUUUUUUGUGUCAGCUAUGUUGAGGCUGCAAGGCUUUAACCUUGUCAAUCGAAAAUAUGAGUCAGAAUCCAUGAAAGGCAUACUUUCUUUAUUCCUUUGCUCCCAUUUUCUCUUCAUCUUACUAACUUCUGCAGCAUUAGACACAAUCACUACAGAUAAAUCCAUUAGAGAUGGUGACACAAUUGUUUCAGCUGGAGGGGUUUAUGAACUUGGAUUUUUCAGCCCUGGAAAUUCCAAGAAUCGCUACGUUGGCAUAUGGUACAAGAAGAUAGCACCUAGAACUGUCGUCUGGGUUGCAAAUAGAGACGUUCCACUGAAUGACACUUCAGGAGUGUUAACACUCAAGCCCAAUGGGAUUCUUGUACUUGCCAACAGUUCCAAUGCAUCAAUUUGGUCAUCAAACUCAUCAAGAUCCUUAAAGAAUCCAAAGGCGUGGCUCCUGGAUUCUGCGAACCUGGUUGUAAGUGAUGGAAAUGACAAAGACCCCGGAAUUAAUUUCGCGUGGCAGAGUUUUGAUUAUCCAGGAAAUACAUUAUUACCUGGCAUGAAGAUAGGAAAAAAUUUGGUCACGGGCAUGGAUAGGUCCGUAACGUCAUGGAAGAGCACGGAUGAUCCUACUCCUGGUGAAUAUGUAGACCGUGUUGAUUCUCAUGGAUACCCACAAUUGUUUGUGUACAGAAAUUCAUCUAUAGUAUAUAGCUCAGGGCCAUGGAACGGUAUAGCAUUUAGUGGUAGUCCUAACAUUAAAGCAGAUCAAUAUUACACUAUAGAGUUCGUUAUUAAUCAGAAGGAAAUUUACUACAAAUACAAACUUAAGAAUGAGUCCAUGCCCACCAGGGUGGUGAUCAACCCAGCCGGGUUGAUAGAACACCUAACAUGGAUUGAGCACACUCAGAGCUGGUUUCUCUACUCGACAGCACAAUUUGAUAAUUGUGAUCGUUUUGCUUUAUGUGGUCCUUAUGCAAGUUGCAACAUCAAUAACUCCCCUCCAUGUGACUGUCUGAAAGGUUUCACGCCUAGGAAUCCUCAAGAGUCUGCAGCAGACUGGUCUAGUGGUUGUGUAAGGAGAACUUCUUUGGAUUGUAACCAAGAUGGUUUUCUUAAAUUUACUGGUAUCAAGAUGCCGUAUUCUAGGAACUCAUGGUAUAAUGAGAGCAUGAACCUUGAAGAAUGCGAGAAAAUGUGCUUGGCUGAUUGCAAUUGUACAGCCUACUCAAAUCUUGAUGUUAGAAAUGGCGGAAGUGGAUGCUUACUAUGGUUUGGAGAACUCAUUGAUAUUAGAGAGUUCAGCCAAAAUGAGCAAGACCUGUAUGUGAGAGUAGCUGCUUCAGAAUUAGACAGGAAUCGGUGGAGAAAGAAGUCAGUCCUGGUUGCUGUCAUUUCAGCAGUGGUAGCAACAUUUAUCCUCAGUUUUAUAGCUUGGUUUUCCUUCCAAAGAAGGAAAAUCAGAACAAGUAAAUAUACUCGAGGUUCAGAAGUUGAAAAUGAGGACAUGGAGCUUCCAUUGUUUGAUUUAGUUACUGUUUCAACUGCCACUGAGAACUUCUCUUCGGCUAAUGUGAUUGGGGAGGGCGGUUUUGGACCGGUUUACAAGGGUAUCCUACAAAAUGGACAAGAGAUAGCAGUAAAGAGGCUAUCGAAGUAUUCUGGACAAGGCGUUCAAGAGUUAAAAAAUGAAAUCAUUCUCAUUUCCAAGCUUCAGCAUAGGAACCUCGUCAAGCUUUUGGGUUGCUGCCUUGAAGGAGAUGAAAGGAUGCUAAUCUAUGAGUUUAUGCCCAACGCUAGCUUGGACUAUUUCAUUUUUGAUCCAAGCAGAAAAACUUCACUUGCAUGGAAGGACCGCUUUGAAAUUGCUAUGGGAAUAUCUCGAGGUCUUCUUUACCUUCACCAGGACUCGAGAUUAAGAAUUAUUCACAGAGAUCUCAAAACCAGCAAUAUUUUAUUAGAUAGUGACAUGUACGCCAAAAUUUCUGAUUUUGGCCUUGCCAAAAUUUUUGAUGGAGAGCAAGUGGAAGGAAAAACUAAAAGAGUAAUAGGGACAUAUGGAUAUAUGUCGCCGGAGUAUGCUGUUGAUGGGAAAUAUUCAGUAAAAUCAGAUGUAUUCAGUAUCGGCGUAAUCAUUCUAGAAAUUGUUAGUGGCAGAAAGAACAGGAAAUUUUAUCAUUUGGAACAUCAUCACAAUCUUUUGGGACAUGCAUGGUUACUUUGGACUGAAGGCAAAGUGUUGGAAUUGAUUGACGAAUGUUUGAAAGAAUCAUUUUCAGAAUCUCAAGUGUUGAGAUGCAUCCAGGUCGGUUUGUUGUGCGUCCAAAAACUCCCGGAGGAUAGGCCAACAAUGGCAUCAGUAGUUUUCUGGUUGGGCAAUGAAGGUCUGGUUCUUCCUCAACCAAAGCAGCCUGGGUUUUUUAUAGAGAGGAAUUCAAUGGAAUCUUCAGAGUCGACUGAUGAAGCAUAUCUAAGUAAUAGCAUGUCAAUAACAGUUCUAGAGCCAAGAUAGGCACAAAAUCACAACUGGAACUCCAUGAAAGGCCUACUUUCUUUAUUCGUUUGCUCCAAUUUUCUCUUCAUAUUACUAACUUCUGCAGCAUUAGACACAAUCACUACAGAUAAAUCCAUUAGAGAUGGUGACACAAUUAUUUCAGCUGGUGGGAUUUAUGAACUAGGAUUUUUCAGCCCUGGAAAUUCCAAGAAUCGCUACGUUGGCAUAUGGUACAAGAAGAUAGCACCUAGAACUGUCAUAUGGGUUGCCAACAGAAAUAUUCCACUGAACGACACUUCAGGAGUUUUAACACUCAAAACCAAUGGGGUUCUUGUACUUGUUGAUGAUUCGAAUGUCUCAAUUUGGUCAUCAAACUCAUCAAGAUCCUUAAAGAAUCCAAAAGCGCUGCUCCUGGAUUCUGCCAACCUUGUUGUGAGUGAUGGAAAUGACAGAGACCCAGAAACUAAUUUUGCGUGGCAGAGUUUUGAUUAUCCGGGAAACACUUUAUUACCUGGCAUGAAGAUUGGGAAAAAUUUGGUCACGGGCAUGGAUUGGAGUGUAACGUCAUGGAAGAGCACGGAUGAUCCUACUGCUGGUGAAAAUGUAAACCGUCUUGAUUCUCAUGGAUACCCACAAUUGUUUGUGUACAGAAAUUCAUCUAUAGUAUAUAGCUCAGGGCCAUGGAACGGUAUUGCAUUUAGUGCUAGUCCUAACAGUAAAGCAAAUCAAUAUUACACUAUGGAGUUCGUUAUUAAUCAGAAGGAAAUUUACUACAAAUACAAACUUAAGAAUGAGUCCAUGCCCACCAGGGUGGUGAUCAACCCAGCCGGGUUGAUAGAACACCUAACAUGGAUUGAGCACACUCAGAGCUGGUUUCUAUACUUGACAGCACAAUUUGAUAAUUGUGAUCGUUUUGCUUUAUGUGGUCCUUAUGCAAGUUGCAACAUCAAUAACUCCCCUCCAUGUGACUGUCUGAAAGGUUUCAAGCCUAGGGAUUCUCAACAGUCUGUAGCAGACUGGUUUAGUGGUUGUGUAAGGAGAACUUCUUUGGAUUGUAACCAAGAUGGUUUUCUUAAAUUUUCGGGCAUCAAGAUGCCAAAUUCAAGAAACUCCUGGUAUAAUGAGAGCAUGAACCUUGAAGAAUGCGAGAAAAUGUGCUUGGCUGAUUGCAAUUGUACAGCCUACUCAAAUCUUGACAUUAGAAAUGGCGGAAGUGGAUGCUUACUGUGGUUUGGAGAACUCAUAGAUAUUAGAGAGUUCAGCCAAAACGAGCAAAACCUGUACGUGAGAGUUGCUGCUUCAGAAUUAGACAGGAAUCGGUGGAGAAAGAGGUCAGUCCUGAUUGCUGUCAUUUCAGCAAUGGUAGCAACAUUUAUCAUCAGCUUUUUAGUUUGGUUUUCCUUCCAAAGAAGGAAAAGAAGAACAGAUUCAGAAGUUGGAAAUGAAGACAUAGAGCUUCCACUGUUUGAUUUAGUUAGUGUUGCUAGUGCCACUGAUAACUUCUCUUCUGCUAAUGUUAGUGGGGAGGGCGGCUUUGGGCCGGUUUACAAGGGUGUCCUACCAAAUGGACAAGAGAUAGCAGUAAAGAGGCUAUCGAAGUAUUCUGGACAAGGCGUUCAAGAGUUAAAAAAUGAAAUCGUUCUCAUUUCCAAGCUUCAGCAUAGGAACCUCGUCAAGCUUUUGGGUUGCUGCCUUGAAGGAGAAGAAAGGAUGCUAAUCUAUGAGUUUAUGCCCAACGCUAGCUUGGACUAUUUCAUUUUUGAUCCAAGCAGAAAAACUUCACUUGCAUGGAAGAACCGCUUUGAAAUUGCUAUGGGAAUAUCUCGAGGUCUUCUUUACCUUCACCAGGACUCGAGAUUAAGAAUUAUUCACAGAGAUCUCAAAACCAGCAAUAUUUUAUUAGAUAGUGACAUGAACGCCAAAAUUUCUGAUUUUGGCCUUGCCAAAAUUUUUUGUGGAGACCAAGUGGAAGGAAAAACAAAAAGAGUAAUAGGGACAUAUGGAUAUAUGUCGCCGGAAUAUGCUGUUGAUGGGAAAUAUUCAGUAAAAUCAGAUGUAUUCAGUAUCGGCGUAAUCAUUCUUGAAAUAGUUAGUGGAAGAAAGAACAGGAAAUUUCAUCAUUUGGAGCAUCAUCACAAUCUUUUGGGACAUGCAUGGUUACUUUGGACAAAAGGAAAAGCAUCAGAACUGAUGGACGAAUGUUUGGAAGAAUCCUUGUCAGAAUCGCAAGUGUUGAGAUGCAUCCAGGUUGGAUUGUUGUGCGUUCAGAAACUCCCAGAGGAUAGGCCGACAAUGGCAUCAGUCGUAUUCUGGUUAGGCAAUGAAGGUCUGGUUCUUCCUCAACCAAAGCAGCCUGGGUUUUUUAUAGAGAGGAAUUCAAUGGGAUCAGCAGAGUCAAGUGAUGAAGGAUGUCGAAGUAACAACGUGUCGAUAACAGUUCUAGAGCCAAGAUAGACAUAAAACCACAAUUGGAAGUUUUGCAAUGUAUCUACUUUGUCAACAGUACUAGUGUAUAUAUGACUAUAUGAGGUGAAUUUUGAAAUGGUAUCUACUUAUUCGAGUAUUUCUCUUUGUCGUUGACAUGUAUUCUUUUGGUACUAUAAUGGACAAAAUUGAUUGGCCUA